AUGUUUGAAGUGUCUCAUGAAAAUUUGAUUAAUGAAGACCUUAUCAGUGGCGAGGCUACUGAGACGCAAUCGUUGACGGGCAAUGCCACCGUGUUUCUUUUACACGAUAUCUUGAACAAUCCAGAGGUAAAGGUUCGCGUUUACGAAGAGCUGGACCGAGUUUUUCUUUCUCCGGAAGACGCAAAAACUCCUCCGCUUCUUUUGAAGUUCAAAUACCUUAAAGUGUUCAUCACUGAAAGUCUUAGGAUGACACCUGUGGCUCCUAAUGUGGCGCGCAUAUUAGAAAACCGUUUAUCUUUCAAGGUUAUUACGUUGCUGUUGGAGUUAGCUUGGAAGUUACUUUAA